AUGUUUGAAAUUUCAGACGAAGAGAUUUGGAAUCAAGAUUCAAUUAAAUUGACAAAGAAUCAUGGUAAUGACCAGGACCGAAAAUUGAAUACUCAACAAAGCGUCUUUUCGAAUAUAAACAACAACAACCAACCGCUUACUUUUUGCCAGAAUUCAUGCACCUCUUCUUCAGCAACAACCAAAAGCUCAUUUUUUAGUACUCCCAAAUUUAAGAUUAAGAAUGUCGACAGUCCCUCAAAGAAAUCUUUUUCUUUUAAUAAACGUUUGCGCACGGAAGCUUUUACUAAAGUCUCCCGCUCCGAAACGAGGGACUCCACUUUAUUUGACUACUUUGGCCGAAAGUCAACCAGUGGUGGACUCAAUACCACAUCCUUCGCCACCACCAUUAACAAUCAAGCCAGUGAUUGUACAAAGUUUAUAUGUGAUGAAAUAGAAGAGCAAUCGGCAUACCAUGAGAAAUUGACCUUCAAUAGUUUACCUGCUAUUGGAAAAGAUUUCGAUGCUGUAGAUUUGAGCGUCAAUAACGAAGACGACUUCGAUUUUCUAUAUACUAAUGAUAUUUCCGAGUAUAAAGAUGAAUUGGACGCGAAUAACUCGAAAAUUGAUCUCGAUGGGCUAAAAAAUUAUGAAACUUAUUCGGAAUUAAGGGAUAUUGAAGAAGAUAGGCAGUCACAAGUUCACAUUAACAAAUGCUUAGAUAAAUCAACCGAGAAAGAGACUCCAUCAAAAUUCAUCUCAUUAAAAAAUAUCACCGAUAAUACUGGUUCCAAUAAUACAUCAUUGGCUUCUAUCAAUUCCACCCCUUUUCAAUUGGAAUCGAAUAAUACCCAGAACUCAUCAAGGAAUAUGUUUUUUGGUUCACUCAAGAAUAAAGUGACUAGUACCACAGGUACUAGCACCAUAGGUAUUGGGCAAGAGAUGAAAAUAGAACACGAGAGUUUACUUAAUGAUCCAAUACAAAAUAAUAUCAAGAAGAGUAUCGAAAACGCCGGCCCAUCUAAUUCCAGGCUCAUAUCGAAAAAAAUAUCAACUACCAUUAAGGCUAGCGAAAAUAAAUCAAAAAAGACGUGUCCAGCGUACAAAAUAUUGCCAGAAACUCAAAUUGCUGUUGAUGCAUUCUCUUAUGGAAAAAUACCCAAUUGUAACGCUUAUUUUCUGAGCCAUUUUCAUUCGGAUCAUUAUGGCGGGCUCUCUUCAAAAUGGACCUAUGGACCAAUAUACUGCUCGGUAGUCACAGGAAAUUUAGCAAUCCAAAAGUUACGAGUUGACCCUAAAUACAUUCGGAAACUUCCAUUGGAUCAGGAAAUUGAUGUUGGUGGGAAUGGUGUCUCUGUCACUUUAAUAGAAGCAAACCACUGCCCCGGCUCUGUACUAUUUCUAUUUAAAGUUAUGAAUUCACGAGGUCAAAUCCUUCGAUAUUUACACACUGUAAUCCAUCAUGCAAUAGUUCAACCACAAAAUCCGCCAAUUGACGCUCUUUAUCUAGAUACUACAUAUCUGGAUCCGAAAUAUUGCUUUCCUCCUCAAGAGCAGGUGGUAAAUGCGGUUAUUGAAUUAGUGAAAAAAGCUGUCAUGAAUCAACAGCAAUAUUAUGAUCUGUAUAAAAACAAACACAAAAAGCCAAGAUCACCAACUGCUUUGGAUCUUUGGCUCGAGAAAAACCCAAUACAGGAUCUUAUUAGUGAUUCUAACAUCACUAACAAUUUGUCCGAAAAAGAUCAUUUUUCCGAGGACAUUAUUGGAGAAUUGACUCCCACGGAUUUUAGGUCGAUAGAAGCAACGAGAAUAAUGAAAUUUGAAGAGCCUGUUGAAGAGGAAAAAGUUUCAUUAAGGAAUUCAAAUGUCCUGAUUGUGGUUGGAACUUAUUUAAUUGGAAAAGAAAAAGUUUUUUUAGGUAUCGCUAAGGCUCUCCAUUCAAAAAUAUACGUAACCAAUGAAAAACGACGCGUUCUUCUUUGUCUAGAAAAUCCAGAGUUAGAAGCACUAUUGACUGAUGACCCCCAUACUGCAUCAGUGCAUGUUGCGUCGAUUACCUCUAUAAGACCAGAUAUAUUGAAGUCAUAUUUGAGAGCUUUACUUCCAACAUACACAUCAGUGAUUGGAAUACGACCCACAGGAUGGGCUUAUAAUCCACCCAAGAGCGAGAUAGUUUCUGAUUCGGCCUCUAUUGAGACUUUGAUCAACAGUUAUAAAACAUUUACUAUUGAGUCUUUAAAGCCGUCAUAUUCGUCAAAAGAUUGUGACAUAUUUGCUGUGCCGUAUUCUGAACAUUCGAGCUUUCGUGAAUUAGCGGCAUUCAUCUUGUCAUUGGACGUAAAGAUGAUCGUACCCACGGUCAACGCGGAAUGUGAAAAGAGACGCAAAUUGAUGAAUUUUUGGCUUGAGAAAUGGCAGCAUGAGAAGAAAAAGAAUGGAAAAGCCAAAAUAAUUCGUUACCCAACCGAGGAUCAUUGGCGGACGCUCUGCCAACUGAGCCAAGAAGGCGUUAAAUCAUGUAGUAUUUCGAAUUUAGGCAUUCUUUAUCAACUAUCAACCUUGAAUUUGCGAACUAAUUUAGCAAAAAUGAAGCAUACAAAAAAGCUGGAAACUGAGGGUAAUGAGAAAAUGAAUAUGAAUAAUAUAUUAUUUCAAAAUAUUCAGGCUUCUCCAUAUUUCAAACAAUUGUAUGAACUGAAAACUUAUCAUGAAGUCAUAGAUGAAAUUUAUAAUGAAGUAUCGUCACUUGAACCUUUUCUCAAGGGAACGACUGCUUCGACUGCUUUUUGUUUGCUCUAUAAACUUUGGACUUUGCGACUUACUGUUAAACAAGUCACUGGAUUAAUUGAUCAUACAGAUUCACCACAUAUUCGAGCGCUUGGUUUCUUAUAUCUUCGAUAUGUUUGUAAACCGGCUGAUUUAUGGGGAUGGUUUGAGCCUUAUCUAGAUGACGAUGAAGAAAUUCAAAUUCAAGCAGGUUCGAGGCCUGUUAUAAUAACGAUUGGGCAAAUGUGUCAACAAUUAUUGACUGAGCAAAAGUGGAUUGGGACGAUGCUGCCACGUAUUCCCGUUCCAAUUGCCCAUCACGUCGACGAGAACAUGAGCGAAGUCAUCGAGAUCGUAGACGAAGCAGAGAUAGAGACUACGAACGGCGAAGAAGCCGAAGUUCUGAUCGAUAUAAAAGACAUCGAAGUUCGACCCAUGAUCGAAAAGAAAAGGACUAUGAUCGGCACGGAAGCCAUGAACACGAUAGAAGACACGAUGAACACAGUAGAAAGAGGAGACAUUCUGAUGAUAAAGGAAAUGGUCGGCGAAGAAGUCGAAGCCCAAAACGUUAAACAAAAGCUUUUGAUUUUUCAAA